CCCAACCUGUUUAAUCGGAUUACAGACGUUGACAUUACAAUUGGUUUGAACACUAGUGAUUGCAUUUCAUCAUGUUGGGGAUAAUCGCUAUUGAGAUUAUUAACCUGUAAAUUAAAUAUGACGGCUGUAAUUGACACGAAUAAUUGGUAGACACAAAUGAACAGAACGAUAUAGCACUGUGGGAGUUAUAUAAAAAUGCUGAAGAUGACCAAACCAUUCAUAAAAAUGAAGAUCUUCGCAUUGAUGCUUACGUUGUCCUUCCUAUUUAGCCAAGCAAUAGCAGAUCCUCAAUGUUUUGUUAGUUGUAAACAUAUAUGCGCCAUAUCAAAAUCCCAGGCAGCACUGCUUUGUCCUAUGUGUAAAUGCUGUCCACAGAUAACAUGUAGAUACUGUAUGUUUGGAUACGUACUAGCCAGAGACAGCACUGGAUGUAGAAGUUGUCGGUGUAAAUGGCCAAUGUAAAAACCGAAGAAACCCGAAUAUACACUUUAUUAGUGCCACAUUACUGAGUGAUUAUUUCUGUUAUUGUUUUUGAGAAUCAUUAAGAAUAAACCUAGAUUUUUA